CUGAGCUCAAACUCUCUUAACCCGAUUUGUGUUGGGAGUCUUCUGUCUCUGUGCGUGUGUCUCCGUUGAUUUCUUUCUCUGUUUGGUUUGAUUUUCUUCUAUCCUUCGUAUUAUUACUAUCAUUAGAUUUCGAUUUUUCGUUGAGGAGUUUCUAUUUAUGGGAAAUUUCAGAUUCUCAGAUCUAUGAAUUUUGAUUUUCUUUUUGGGGGAAGGAGGGUUUUCUUUUGUGUUUUCUAAUCAUCAUUAUUUGAUUUGAAGAUGAUCAUGAGGAAAAGAAAACUCUUCCCUUCCUUUUUCUUUGGAAAAUCUCGAGUUUUUCAUUUUCUUCCUUGCUUGUUCUCUGUUGCUUCUUUGUCUGUAGAUCUAAUAUUCUGAAGAGAAAACCAUGUGAGUCUUAGAUUUUUAAUUUCUUGCUAACUACUCCUCAGAUCUGUUGAUUUCGAGAAGAUCUCCUCGAACUUUCAUUUUUUUUUUUAAAGCUCGAGAUCUGGGUUUGUUCUACUUCCUCAUUUCGCUUAUGGGUUUAGUUUCAAUUGUUUGAUUUAGUUUAAAAAAAAACAGUCGUAUCUUUCUACUUUCCAUUUUCCGGGAAAGUUCUGUAAUUUUUCCGGGAAAACGAAAAUUCUCGUUCGACCUUUGAAUAAACGAGAUGAAUUAUUUCCCGGACGAAGUAUUAGAGCACGUGUUCGAUUUCAUCACAGCGCACAGAGACCGGAACUCGGUAUCUCUUGUCUGCAAAUCAUGGUACAAGAUCGAGAGAUAUAGCCGGCAAAAGGUUUUCAUAGGAAACUGCUAUGCUAUCAACCCGGAAAGGCUGAUCCAGAGGUUUCCGGGUUUGAAAUCCCUAACUUUAAAGGGGAAGCCCCAUUUUGCAGACUUCAAUUUGGUUCCCCAUGACUGGGGCGGGUUCGUUUACCCGUGGAUCGCAGCAUUGGCUAGGAGUCGGGUCGGGUGGCUAAACUGCUUUCCCGACAGUUGUACUUCUCUUGUCUCCUUGAAUUUUGCAUGCCUUAAAGGGGAUAUAAAUUUAACAGUUUUGGAGAGACUCGUGGCAAGGUCUCCAAACCUUAAGAGUCUGAGGCUAAGCCGUGCAGUUCCUCUUGAUGUACUUCAAAGAAUAUUAUUAAGAGCUCCUCAGCUAGUUGAUUUAGGGACAGGAUCAUAUGUUCACGAUCCAACUUCUGAGGCCUUUACCAAAGUGAAGGCUGCCUUUCAGAAAUGCGAGUCAAUCAGGAGUUUGUCUGGGUUUUUGGAGGUCACUCCUCGCUGCCUAUUGGCUGUUCAUCCUAUUUGCCCUAACCUGACCUCGUUAAAUCUCAGCUAUGCUCCGGGUAUUCAUGGCAAUGACCUUAUAAAGCUAAUUCAACACUGUAAGAAACUUGAGCGAUUGUGGAUACUUGAUUGCAUUGGAGAUGAAGGACUUAGUGUUGUUGCUUCAACUUGUAAAGAAUUGCAGGAAUUGAGGGUUUUUCCAUCGGAUCCAUUCGGGGGAGGCAACGCAUCGGUUACAGAGGAAGGUCUGGUUGCUAUAUCCGCUGGUUGUCCCAAGCUUCACUCGAUACUCUACUUCUGCCAGCAAAUGACCAAUGCAGCACUCAUUACUGUAGCCAAGAACUGCCCGAAUUUUACGAGAUUUAGGUUAUGCAUCCUUGAACCUACAAAACCUGAUCAUGUAACCUCACAGCCACUGGAUGAAGGUUUUGGGGCAAUUGUUCAGUCAUGCAAAGGUCUCAGGCGAUUGUCGAUGUCUGGCCUUCUUACUGACAAGGUUUUCCUUUACAUUGGAAUGUAUGCUGAGCAGCUCGAAAUGCUUUCUAUCGCAUUUGCUGGGGACAGCGACAAGGGAAUGCUCUAUGUCUUGAAUGGUUGUAAGAAACUUCGGAAACUUGAGAUCAGGGACAGCCCGUUUGGUGAUGCAGCGCUUCUAGAGGACGUGGGAAAGUAUGAAACAAUGCGAUCCCUUUGGAUGUCCUCCUGUGAAGUUACUCUUGGAGGCUGCAAAACACUUGCACGGAAGAUGCCAAGGCUCAAUGUUGAGAUCAUUAACGAAGGCGACCAAAUGGAGUUUAACCCUGAUGAUAGACAGAAGGUAGAUAGGAUGUACUUAUAUCGAACCUUGGCCGGACCUAGGAAAGAUGCACCGGAAUUUGUCUGGAUUUUGUAGGUGUGCAUUGUUGGGUUCAACCAUGAAUUUCAUAUUAUUUUAGCAGUCUAUUUUGUUGAGACCAACUGAUUUUUAUGGAGAGUUCAAGAGUUGGUGAUUUAGUUGUAUGCUACUGUUGUUUGAAACAGAAGUUGAUUUGCCAUUUGUAAUAGCAGUAUUAUAAAUAGAUGCCGUGUUAGCAUAUUAGCAAAUCCACCAGAGUACAUCAAGUGUUGAUUGAUCAA